GGCGCAGAUCUCUGAUAAAACGGUCACCUGGAGGAAUGUGGGAGUUUGGAUCGUGGAUCACAGCUUCUUCGUUGGUUAAUUUUUGCCACUUAAGACGGAUUUAAAGGUUUUUUUUUUUAUGUCCUCGGUGGAAGUUCUUAUCUGUGUCCUGAGGCCGGGCUGUCGAGCAGGCUGACCGGGCAAACCCCCGCUGUUCCACGGGGGCAGCGAACAGGCUGACAGAUGGAAAGUUCAGCUGCGCCCCGGAAGCAGCGAGAGAACCCACCUGUGUGGAAACUUAACCGUGACGGUUUCACCUGGAACCCAGACACAAUGGAUGGAGGUCAAAGUGAGGCCUGGACAAGAUGCCACUCUUCAGUGUCGGGGUCCCGGGGAUGCACCGAUCACCCUGUUAGAGUGGAUCAGACCUGAGCUCCUGUCAGAUGGGUAUGUGUUCUUCUUCCAAGAUCAGCGCUGGUAUGAGAACUACCAGCACGACUUCUUUAAAGGCCGAGUGGAGCUGAGAGAUCCGUCCAUGAAGGACGGAGAUGUUUCUGUGAUUGUGAGGAACGUCAGCAUCAGAGAUACAGGAACAUACGAGUGUGUGAUUACAAGCAGCAGCAUCAGAGGUGGUGAGAGAGUCAUCAAUGAGUUCAAGCACUCCAUCAACCUCACAGUCACAGCCUCAGAUGAAAACGCCAAGGGUGCAGGACACAAGGAUGGAGGACACAAGGAUGCAUUUCUUUCAUUUAUAAUUAGUGUGCCAUUUUUUGUUGUGCUUAUUAUUGGUAUUGUUUGCAUAAUUAGCUGCAGAAAAUCAAAGGAGACCUCAGACAGAAGUCGUCUUUACUCCUGAUUGGGGCUGCAACAAUUCAUCAAUGUAAUCAAUGACGUCAACUACAGCUGUUUUU